AUGAAAGCCGACGGGGGUUGUGGUGGUAAUCGUCUGCAUCUUCAGAUGCAUCUCCAGCGGACGGGCAGCAGCCUGCUAAUGACUGUCGUCGCUUCGGGCUUGUUGUUCUCCGCAAUUCAUGGUCAAGUUGUCAGCUCAGAUUGUGAUCCGGAAAAGUGUCCACCGGCAGUCGAAAUACCGGCAAGCUUACUGCAACCAGGUGAACGAACCAGGAAAGAGCUGGUCAAUUGUUGUGAAGUAACUCGUAUGUACUGUGACUACACUGCGUGUCCGGCCGUUGUUCAGUACUGUGACGCGAACCGGACCGUUCCGGCGAGGGCUGUUAAGGGAAGAUGCUGCACACUGUACGAAUGUGAAAAUUCUCCACUAGAUGAAUUUUGCGAAGUAGUUAUCAAUGGUACCGUCACCAGGAAGCAUGUUGGCGAAAGAUGGUUUAGUAUGAUCAACAGCACCACGUGUAUGAAUUUUGAAUGCUUGCACAGUGGGACAUCGGAACCGUUUGUGAACUCAAUCGGUCUUACAUGUAGCACCAGUUGUCCUAUGGGCUUCAUACCACAGUACUCCGAGAAGCAUUGCUGUCCGCAAUGUGUUCAAGCGAUGUGCCAUUUUAACGAUCAGUUUCACCGGGAAGGCGAAGCAUGGAAUAGCCCUGACGGAUGCUUACGAUACCGCUGCACGAGAGAAGCAGGACUUCUGUCGAUAACCUCUGAACGCAGCCAAUGUCCUCCAUUAAUAGAUUGUCCAGUGGAACAUAUCGUGCAACAAAAUUGCUGCAGUAUUUGUAACAUCACUAAACCGGAACCGGUAGAGCCGGUAGAACCGGUUUCCCAGGACAAAGCAGAGUUUUAUACCGAACUUGACUACAGGAAUCACAUGUGUAAAAGAGAGUGCGUGAGAGGUAGAAAACCAUUAACAUGUUAUUACAAGUUUAGUAUUGAAUGGUAUCAAACUAUGAGUAAGGCUUGUUACGAUUGUCCUUACAAUACAACGGAUUGCCUGAGACCGCAUUGUAUUCCGGGAGACGGUGUCAAAAGAAACGUGCUGGUUAUCAAUCGAAUGAUGCCCGGCCCUUCAAUUGAGGUAUGUGAAAAUGACAUUAUCGUUGUUGAUGUAGAAAACCACCUCAUGGGAGAAAGUACAACCAUUCACUGGCAUGGUUUACAUCAAAAGCGAACGCCUUAUAUGGAUGGUGUGCCGCAUGUUUCUCAAUGCCCAAUUAGCCCAGAGACAACGUUCCGAUAUACGUUCAAGGCAGACAAUCCCGGGACUCACUUCUGGCAUUCGCACACUGGAAUGCAAAGAGGUGAUGGAGCUUUCGGGGCACUUAUCAUAAGAAGAGAUAAUGAUCCGCAACAGAUACUGUACGACCAUGAUCUAUCCGAGCAUGUAAUAACUGUUCAAGACUGGGGUCACGUAGGAGGAGUCCAAUUGUUCACUGCCCAUCACCACUCAACGGGAGAUAAUAAACCUCCGAAUAUUUUGAUCAAUGGUCGAGGGAAAUACUUCAAACGAUACCCGAAAACUGCCAGCAUCGCUACCACAACUAAAACCACUCCAUUGAAUAUUUUAGAAAAGCAAACAACUACAUCUCCUGCCAUCACAAAUAACCUUGAUGAUACUGAACUGAUCCAAAGCUCACGAGAUAGUAGCCUGAAACUGGAACUCAACACCGCUGAGCUGAACAAUGCUAGGAUCUUUAACGUGAGCACAUCACGAAUUAUAGUUCGAAAGAAGCGGCAGUCGCGGACAAUUGACUUCAACGCUGUAGUCGUUCCUGAGUCGGAGCACAUACCAUUGAAGGUAUUUCAUGUAGAGCAGAAAAAACGCUAUCGUUUUAGACUCAUCAACGCCGAGUUUUUAAACUGUCCGGUUGAAUUAUCAGUUGAAGGCCACAACAUGACGGUCAUUGCCUCAGACAGCUUCGAUAUCAACCCAAUCGAAGAUGUAGCUUCAUUCGUUAGCUACGCUGGCGAACGUUUCGACUUCAUCAUUCGGGCUAAUCAGCCGAUUGGAAAUUAUCUGUUUAGAUUCCGAGGUGUGAUGGAUUGUGACGAGCGGUUCACUUCAGCCUAUCAAGUAGCCGUGCUUCGGUAUAAGGGCGCCCCUGAGGUGGAGUAUGAGGAAUGGCCAAAUUACGAUUUUCCUCUAGAAGGAUUGCAGCUUAACGCUUUGAACAAGGGUACUGGCCACGCAGAUACAUUAUCGAUUGCCGAGGCUUCGUCCAGGGAACAGGAAGAUCUGCUACUGCUCAAGGAAAAGACUGACUACAAAUUUUACGUUUACUACGAUUUUUAUGCCAAGGACAAUCCGCAUUUUCACGUUCCCAAUCUGUAUGGAUUUAAAGAUGUGAUCAAUAAUACGAAUCGGUUAUUUACGCCUCAACUGAAUCAUAUUUCUAUGCGGAUGACACCAAUGCCGAUGAUGCCUGCCAAAGACCAAUUGGAUGAGAGCCUUUUUUGCAACGCUACCUCGUUGAUGGAGCAAGGCAUCAACUGCAGGGAAGAGUUUUGCCAAUGUAGUCACGUUCUGCAAGUGCCUUUGAAUGCAACCGUUGAAAUGCUGUUGAUCGACGAAGGUUUCACUUUCGAUGCCAAUCAUCCAUUUCACCUGCACGGUCACGCAUUCCGAGUAGUUGGAAUGGAACGACUGGGAGCGAAUAUAACUGCCGAAGAAGUAAAACGCCUAGAUGAAGAGGGAAAAAUCAAAAGGCGUCUGCAAAAUGCCCCAAUCAAGGAUACAGUAACCGUCCCUGAUGGGGGCUACACCAUAAUUCGCUUCAUUGCCAAUAAUCCUGGUUAUUGGUUAUUCCAUUGCCACAUUGAAUUCCACGUGGAAAUCGGUAUGGCGCUGGUACUGAAAGUGGGUGACAAAUCAGAAAUGGCUUCCGCUCCGGUGGAUUUCCCCACUUGCAACGAUUUCAAACCCGAUUACAGCAAACAGCAGUAUUCGAGUGGAUGGCGAUUAUCUGCUCAACAGUAUCCCUUCCAGCAGCUCAUUUCAGUGAUAGUUUUAGUGAUGGUGAUAAGGAUAGGCUUCAUCAGUACCUCUCUUUAUUUGUCUAUUUCGCAACAGCGAAAUACAUAUUUGUCGUAAAUAAAACUAAUUACACUUUAG